AGUAGUGGGGUUUUUACCUGACAGGUUAGUUUAACGACGUGAAGAUUGUUAGUGGAAAUUUUUCUGUUUUUCAUUCCAGAGAACAUAUCACGUUUAUUCUGGGGAGUUCUAAAAAUUUUCAGAAAAUAGGGGGAACCUUUUCAGCCCAACGUUAACUCGCUUAGUCAGUGAUGCAAAAUACGUUUUGAUUCGUUCAACACACAAUCUUUUUCCUGUUAGGUGAACGUCAAGGAAUUCUGUUUUAGUUUCAACCUGCACCAAAAACAACUAUCACUAUGAUCAAGAUGCCUUUAUUUGGAAAAUCACAGAAGUCACCUGCUGAGGUUGUGAAAGCAUUAAAGGAGGCUAUGCUCUCAUUAGAGAAGGGUGACAAAAAGAUUGAAAAGGCCCAGGAAGAUGUGAGCAAAAAUUUGCUCUUAAUCAAGAACAUGCUUUAUGGUACCUCAGACAGUGAACCACAAACUGACAUUGUUGUCGCUCAGCUGUCACAGGAACUGUACAACUCUGGAUUGCUAGUGCACCUCAUUCAGCAUCUUUCCCGUGUUGAUUUUGAGGGGAAAAAAGAUGUGGCGCAAAUUUUCAACAACAUUCUUAGGCGGCAAAUUGGUACACGUUCUCCAACGGUGGAAUAUAUAUGCACGCGGCCAGAAAUACUUUUCACGCUUGUGCAAGGAUAUGAGCAUCAGGAUAUCGCUUUAAAUUGCGGAACGAUGCUACGGGAAUGUGCCCGAUAUGAGGCCCUCGCCAAAAUUCUCCUCUAUUCUGAGGAAUUUUACCAUUUUUUUAAAUUCGUUGAAGUAUCUACGUUUGACAUCGCCUCAGACGCCUUUUCGACUUUCAAGGAGCUGUUAACUAAGCACAAAAUUCUGUGCGCCGAGUUCCUGGAAGCCAACUACGACAAAGUUUUUGCCCACUAUCAGGGGCUACUUAACUCCGAGAACUACGUGACUCGCCGACAAAGCUUAAAACUUCUCGGUGAACUACUUCUCGAUCGUCACAACUUCACGGUUAUGACUCGGUAUAUUUCUAAUCCGGACAACUUGAAGCUGAUGAUGAACAUGCUUAAAGAGAAGUCGCGUAACAUCCAAUUUGAAGCCUUCCACGUCUUCAAAGUGUUUGUGGCCAACCCUAACAAGCCUAAGCCCAUUCUGGAUAUCUUGCUUCGCAAUCAGGAGAAACUGGUCGAGUUCCUGACCAAGUUCCACACGGAUCGGUCUGAAGACGAGCAGUUCAAUGAUGAAAAGGCUUACCUUAUAAAACAAAUCAAAGAGCUCCGACCUCCCGAGAACUAGCUGCAGCCGUCGCCAAGUCUUUCCUCCACAUCCCUCCCACUUCUACCCGUUAGCUCCCUUCCCUCCUUGAGCUACAUGAGAUCCCUUCCCCCCCCCUCCCUCCCAUUCCCUUCACAUGCUUGACUUUGUUUGUUUGGAGAAAAAAAAAAAAAGAAAUUAUCCACGGUCGUGCUGUGUAUUAAUCGAUGAGCAGAGAGUAACUUCCUUGAAUUCAACACAACAACAACCCCACGUUAAAGAAAAAGGUAAGUUGUUUGCUUCUCUAUCCUUUCCCGUGACUCAACUUCCAGCUAAGCAAAAAAGGGAAUCUAGAAGACUUCAAAAAAAGAAACAGGAGACGGAUGAGGCACUCUCGGGAGCAUUUACAUUGUUGCAGUGUUUGUCCUUUUGCGCACACACGAUGUUUCCCUUGCAGUUUUCAUUGUUGAAAUGGGGUGAAGAAACAUUUUGUAGUUUGCCAUGCAAUUUAUUUGUCCCCAUUUUUUUUUAUUAUUUUGAGGGGGGAAAGAUAGAACUUAGACGUAGUGCGCUGUAGAAUUUUGAAAUAGCAACCGGCUCCUCUCAAUAUUGAAACUUAACCGAAAAAAUAAUUAAUUGAUCCCUUCUUGCUUUUGGAACGGUGCCGUGGAAAAAAAAACAGAAGUCUCUGGGAAAAAAAAAAAAAAAGAAGAAGACAACAACAAAAGUUUGAAACAAAUCCAUGUCUGUUUUCUCUGCCAGUCCGUUAGGGAUUGUGUUCGAUCUUCCACUAAGUGAUUUUGUUUUUUACCUUUAUAAUAACAGCCAAGAGAGAGAGAGAGAGAAAAAAAAAGACAUAACUAACACAAAAAUGAUGAUAACUAAUAAAAAAGAGUCAAUGAAAGGAGUUUUGAUAAUAGAGCUGAGUAUAAAUACAAAGGUCGUCUGAAAUCGA